AAUGUCAUUUCAAUCAAAUGAUUGUUGCAUAUUCGUAUAUUGCUUGCGUUUCGUCUAAAAAAAAUUAUAAAUCCCAUAGGUAGUGCUAGUUAGUAAAUAAUAUUUUGUUUGUAUUUGCACGGAACAUUGGUAAUUUAGGCUUAAUUAUGAAGCUGUAAUUAUUUUCCAGUAACUUCUUAAAUUGAAACGUCGAACAUGAGUUAUCAAGAUGAACCUAGUUAUGGAAGUUCAUUCCCCAAGGACUUUAGUUAUGGACCUUUUGAACAGAAUGGGGAAGGUGACAAUGCAUCACUUCAAGAGGAUCAUAAACCACGUAUUCUUCUUAUGGGACUUAGAAGGUCUGGAAAAUCAUCAAUUCAAAAAGUGGUAUUCCAUAAAAUGUCACCAAAUGAAACCUUGUUCCUGGAGUCCACAAAUAAAAUUGUGAAAGAUGACAUCAACAACAGUAGUUUUGUGCAGUUCCAAAUCUGGGAUUUCCCAGGUCAAAUUGAUUUUUUUGAUGCCACCUUUGAUUCUGAUACUAUAUUUGGAGGCUGCGGAGCUUUGGUGUUCGUAAUAGAUGCUCAGGAUGAUUAUCAAGAUGCCUUGGACAAGCUGCAGCUUACAGUUACCAAAGCAUAUAGAGUAAAUAACAAUAUCAAAUUUGAAGUGUUCAUACAUAAGGUGGACGGGCUCAAUGAUGACUACAAAAUGGAAUCUCAAAGAGACAUCCAUCAUCGUGCAAAUGAAGAUCUGGCUGAGGCUGGAUUGGAGCAUGUUCACUUAUCCUUUCACUUGACAUCUAUCUAUGAUCACUCUAUAUUUGAAGCUUUUAGCAAAGUUGUCCAGAAGUUGAUACCACAACUGCCAACCUUAGAAAAUCUUCUCAAUAUACUCAUAUCAAAUUCAGGCAUAGAGAAGGCAUUUCUAUUUGAUGUGGUAUCAAAAAUAUACAUAGCUACUGAUAGCUCUCCUGUCGAUAUGCAAAGUUAUGAAUUGUGUUGUGAUAUGAUUGAUGUUGUCAUAGACAUAUCAUGUAUUUAUGGCAUGGUCGACGAAAAUGAAAUGAACACUUUUAAUAGUCAAAGUUCUAGUCUCAUCAAACUAAACAAUGGCACAGUGCUGUAUCUGCGUGAAGUAAACAAAUUUCUCGCGCUUGUGUGUAUUCUGCGCGAGGAAAACUUUCAGAAACAAGGUGUCAUUGACUACAAUUUUCUGUGCUUCCGUGAUGCGAUUACGCAAGUGUUCGAAUUACGGAAUAGAUGUCAGAACGCAAUGGCUUUGGCCCGAGCCAGGUCAGGCACGCCGGAACCAUUACCCAAUGGAGCCGCCGUGGAUUCCACCGAGAGUACGUCUGACCAUUCACAAACUAAACUUCCAUAGCACUUUUUGUACCUUUAUCGUAUGCAUUAUCUAUCCCAUAAUAAGUUAGUACUAAAUAACUCAGCUAUGUUAAUAUGUCAUUUGUAAAGUUUAAUAAUGUCAAGAAUAAAGUAUAUCUAUGUUUU